GGUGGGCUCUCCCCGUCCAAGACCCUCACAUGGCGGGACCAGGACGAGCCGGCGUCCCGGCAGCGCUCGUGGAUGACGGCCCCCUUCGUCCCCGCCUUCUCCUCCGUCCUCAUCAGCCGCCUCGACGUCGAGCUCCCGAGGGACAUGGAGGAGGCGGAGCGGACCGGCGGCUUCUUCUUCGGCGGCGGCGGCGAGGAGGAGGAGGGGGAGGAGGAAGAGGGCGAGGAGGAGUCCACCGAGUCCGAGCCGGAGCCCGAACCCAUGGAGGAGGAAUUUGAUGGCGUGCUGGACGAAGAAACCGUUGCCGAAAACCUGCACAACCUGGGUCAUUCAGCCCCUGGCACGGAACAUGUCUACCUCAAUCUCUCGCUUACUGAUCGCUUGCUGAGUGACGUCAGCGUCCUCUCCAAAUACGUUCACCUGGAGAAGCUGGAUCUUUCCCACAACAGAAUUACCGACCUCUCCUGUGUCAGUCACAUGCCUUACUUGCUGGACCUGGAUGUUUCCCACAACGAGCUGACCACAUACUUUGACUUCAACCCCCCUAAGAAUCUCCAGGUAGUGAAUUUUUCAUACAACGUGAUCCCAGCAAUGGAAGACCUUUCCGCCUACCAUUCACUUAAAAAGCUCAUACUGGACAAUAACGACAUCAAGGAGAUUUGCGGCCUGGAGAAGUGUCACAGCCUGACUUACCUUAGCCUGGCGAACAACAAGCUCACGGCCAUCACUGGACUGCAAAGACUGCCCAUCAAAACCCUCUGCUUGAAAUCAAACCUGAUAGAAAAGGCGGUGGGCUUGGAAGAGCUCAAAGCCCUGCGGACCUUGGACUUGUCCGGCAAUCGGAUUAGUACUUUGGAGGGUCUGGAUGACCACAACCUGCUGGAGGAGAUCAAUCUGGAGGACAACCAGAUCAGUGAGCUGGGGGAGCUGGAAUACAUCGAAGCUCUGCCCCUCCUCAGGACUCUGAAUUUGUUAGACAAUCCAGUGCAGCAACAGACCGAUUAUUGGCUUCUGGUCAUUUUCAUGCUACUCCGACUUACGGAGCUGGAUCACAAGAAAAUCACCGUGGAAGAAAAGGUUGCAGCUGUGAACAAGUAUGACCCCCCUCCCGAGGUGGUGGCCGCCCAGGACCACAUGACCCACACCCUGUACAGCAUGAUGCAGCCCCAGCGGAUCUAUGACAGCACUUUGCCCAGCCUCGACGCCCCCUACCCCAUGCUGGUGCUGACUGGCCCGCUGGCGUGCUGGAAACGAGAACUUUGCCACAGGCUCUGCAGGAAGUUCAACAACUACUUCAGAUACAGCCCCUGCCACACCACAAGGACUGCUUACUUUGGAGAAGAAAACCGUUUGGAUUACUAUUAUGUGUCCCAGGAGGAAUUUGACAAGAUGUUGCGUAUGGGGAAAUUUAUUGCAACUUUUAAAUAUAACAGUUUUCAGUAUGGACUGGGCCGAGACACUAUUGAUUCUAUUGCCCGGGAAGGGCUGGCAACCUGCGUUCACAUGGAAAUAGAGGGGGUGAGAAGCCUGAAGAAUUCCUACUUUGAACCUCGCUACAUCCUGUUGAUCCCAAUGAACAAAGAAAGAUACGGGGGUCACCUGCGAAGGAUGGGCCUCUUCAGCAGACCAGAGGUCGAGGAAGCCGUCCGGAGGGUGGACAUGUACAACAAAGUGAAUCAGGACUACCCAGGGUUCUUCGAUGCAGUUAUCAGUAUUGAUGACUACGACGAAGCAUUCGCCAAGCUGGUCCGCCUCAUCGAAGAAUACCUCGGACUAGUGAAACCUCUGGUGUCAGAAGAGACCGUUCCAACAGCAGAUAGCAAAGUAGAUCCAGCUCCUGAGAAAACGACAGAUAAGAAAGUGGCAACCAACAUAAAAGGCAAAAAUGUUGUAGCCCAGGAGACCGCCACCAAUGAAUUUGUGGACUCAUCAGCCAGAAAUUACGCUGCCAGAAUAUCAGCCAAACUUUCCGAACAGAAAACACCAGUGGAAGAGGCUUCUCUGCAAAGGCGGCAAGAAAUGGCACGGCAGGGGCUGAUGGGGAAAGUGUCUAGCAGCUACUCUCAUCUCUUUCUAAGGGAUGGCGCCAGCACCUACUCCCAGUAUCUGGAGCCUAGCACUUACCUCACCCGCUGCAGCAUCAGUCCGCAGCAUGGGGGCUCCAGGGACUACAGCUUCCAGUCUGCCAGCCUAGAUCAGAGCGCCAAAGAAUCACGAGCUCCAACUCGGGUAUCGCCUGUCUCCUCGUCUGGCGCACUUUCAUCCAGCAGUUCUUCGAGCAAGAUGCCGGUCUUCCACAUUUCACCAGGGCAUGUGGCUGAUGGUGAACAUGUGGAUGGAAAAGAGGAGGUUUUUCCCGAGGUCAAAGAGAAGAAGACACCGAAAUCGAAGACUGCCUCCCCUCGCAUCCCCCAAGUCACAAUCCGGCCAGGGUCCAACACCAAAGCUGUGCUCCCUCCCAUCCCGUCAGGACGGAAAAAAACCAACCCAUGA